CAGAUGUCCAACAGUAGCUCCAUCACCCAGUUCCUCCUCCUGGCCUUCGCAGACACACGGGAGAUGCAGCUCUUGCACUUCUGGCUCUUCCUGGGCAUCUACCUGGCUGCCCUCCUGGGAAAUGGCCUCAUCAUCACCGUUGUAGCCUGCGACCACCGCCUCCACACCCCCAUGUACUUCUUCCUCCUCAACCUCUCCCUCCUCGACCUGGGAUCCAUCUCCACUACUCUCCCCAAAUCCAUGGCCAACUCCUUCUGGGACAUAACAGCCAUCUCAUAUGUAGGAUGUGUUGUCCAGCUCUUUAUGUUUGUAUUUUUGCUUUCAGCAGAGUAUUUUCUCCUCACUGUCAUGUCCUAUGACCGCUAUGUUGCCAUCUGCAAACCCCUGCACUAUGGGACUCUCCUGGGCACCAGAGCUUGUGUCCACAUGGCAGCAGCUGCCUGGGGCAGUGGCUUUCUCAGUGCUGUGCUACACAUGGCCAAUGCAUUUUCACUCCCCCUCUGCAAGGGCAAUGCCUUGGAUCAGUUCUACUGUGAAGUCCCCAAGAUCCUCAAGCUCUCUUGCUCAAACUCCUAUUUCAGGGCAGUUGGGCUUAUUGUAGUCAGUGUCUGUUUAGCACUUGGCUGUUUUGUUUUCAUUGUGGUGUCCUAUGUGCAGAUCUUCAGGGCUGUGAUGAGGAUUCCCUCUGAGCAGGGACGACACAAAGCCUUUUCCACGUGCCUCCCUCACUUGGCCGUCGUCUCUCUGUUUCUCAGCACUGGCAUAUUUUCCAACCUGAAACCCCCUUCCACCUCUUACCCAUCCCUGGACCUGGUGGUGUCAUUUCUGUACUCAGUGGUUCCUCCAGCAGUGAACCCCAUCAUCUACAGCAUGAGGAACAAGGAGCUCAUGGAUUCCCUGAGGAAACUGAUGACUGAGUUUUUUCAGAGGAAAUGA